ACAAAAUAAAAUCAUUAAAAGUCUGAUUCAUAAAACAGAGUAUAAUAAUAAUGUUUCUUUCCCACAGAGAAAAUGAUUUUGUUUAGAAAAUCCAUUAAUAAUUAAAUUUGGUGCUGGAAAUUGUGUCACCGUUUCAUUUAUCGUAUAAAUUAUAUACCAAGGAUUAAAUAACAUACUGCUUUACGAUUUGUUCACCAGAGGCAGCACAUUUUGUCGAGAGGUUGACCAACUUUAAGAAUAUAUAAACAAGGGUUUAACAUUACAGACGAGGUUUGAAAUGAUCGUUUUCAUCAUAGUUUUGACUACUGAAUUGUUUUUACAAUUUGUGGCAGGUUUACCAUGUGUAAGAUUGGUAACAAAAAGUCAUUAUAGUGAACCUUAUUGUGGCCACUACCAUUGUUAUGAAAAAGAUUUAGUCGAAGAUGAAAUUAAUUUAUACUGUGAUGAAACAAAUCUGGAUGAAAUAUAUAAAGUUAUUUCUAAUGAGACUCUUCCGUACAGCCUCACAAUUAAAAACACGGUUUUGUCUCAAAUGGGUGUAAAUCCAACUACCUGGAAUAACAUAUUGGCACUAUCUAUGGCCAAUACGAGCACAUUGAAAAUUGUUCCUGGAUUUUUUAACAAGCUUAUAAAAUUAGAAACUUUAGAGAUAACCAAUAACAAUUUAUGCGGAGUUGUAGAUGGCACGUUUAGUCCGCUGACUUCUCUUAAAAACCUAAAUUUAAGCAACAACGCCAUUACUUCUUUAUCAGAACACAGCUUCUCGGGUUUAUUUGAAUUAAAAUCUUUGGAUUUGAGCUACAAUAAUCUUUCGUUCAUCGAUUCUAAAGCGGUUUCAUUAAAUUCCAAUUUAGCAUACAUUAAUUUAACGCAUAAUUAUUUGGCAAAUGUGGAAGUGACGACUUUUCAAAGUAUUCCGAUAAUAGAAAUCGAUUUAUCUUGUAACCGAUUAACUAAUUUUAGUUUUUCUGACAAAACUAUUAGCUAUUCUAAUGCAACAUUCUACAAUAGCGUAGAAAAUGUUAAUCUUAGCGGAAACGUUUUAGAAUCCAUCGAAGAUUAUUUUGUUGGACCGGAAGUAGAUACAGCUGAUUUGAGUAAUAACAUAAUAAAAUUACUUGCAAAAAAAGCAUUUUUUACCGCAUCAAAAUUGCGAUAUUUGUAUUUAAACAACAAUAAACUUACAUCGAUACAUAGAGCGACGUUUAGUCAACAAAUCAAUCUAAAAUAUCUAGAUUUAUCUUCCAACCCAAUUGUUACCAUUCCAUUCGGAUUAUUGAAUAACCUAAAGUCGUUAGAAUAUCUAGAUUUGUCUAGUAAUAACACGCUUCUGGAUUUUCAUUUUCUAUUUUCACUAAAAAAAUUAAAAACGUUGAAAAUGUCGAACACCAAUAUUAUGAAUUUCGAUAUAACAUUGGUCGUAAGUUAUUUCAGUGAAUUGGAAGAAAUAUCUUUGAGCGAUAACUUGUGGACAUGUAGCGAAUUGAUGCAACAUAUUUACAUUUUUGAAAAAAACAACAUUAAAGUUGUUCCGGGAAAUCAUACAGAUUCUCAUAGCUUUUUUGGUAUUUCUUGCUUGGAGAAUGAGAAUUCUAAGAAUGAAACAAUUACUAUUAAUAGAAACAAUAUCGGAAACGUUGAUAGCUCACAAGAUUCACUAGAAAACUUCUUGAACUACGAUUUCAAAAAUACGUCAUUUUAUAAGUUUUUCGAAAGUUUUAAAAAUUUUAGUAAUUCAAACAUCGUUCCUGAUAAAAAUCAUAUAACUCUAAAUAUGGAAAAGAACUUCACUAGCUCAAAUUUAGUCAAUUUAUUGCAAAAAAUUAUAAACGAUAUUUCUGUUUCCCAAAUAGAUUCAAAUACGUCGACAAAUGAUAAAAAUAAGGAUAUUUUGGGAACAAAGUUUCCCAAAUUUUAUUUUCCUAUAAAUUUUACCUCUGACCUAAACGAUCACAUUAAAGAUAACAUGUUGCAGUACCAAAACAUAACCUUAAAAGUGUUAUCACAGUAUUCCAAGCAAAGCUCAUUUAAUUACGAAAAUCUAUUUACGAACAUUGUGAUGGUUUUAAUUUUAAUAUGCAUUGUUGUUUACAUCUGUUAUACAUUAUUUCGACAAAAGAAAGCAGUAGAGUCAAGAGAAGCAGUACAAUUGAUAUAAGUAUAUAAUUAAAUAUAGUACAAUUCUUUUAAAAGUUCCUCAAUAUGGCCGACCUAGUUACGAAAAUUGGUAAUUUUUUUUUAAUGAAAAAUAAGUUGGCGUUAGCGAAUUCAGAA